AUGGCCGGCGCCGGCCUCGGCGACGACGCCGCCCACGGGCCGGCCCUGUCGGCGGAGGCCUUGGGCCAGGAAGUGCUCGCGCCGACUGGCCUCGGCAGCGGCGCCGUCGCCGCCCUCGGGCCGGCCCUGCCGCCGGAGGCCCUGCUGGAGGCCCACUGGGGCGAGGAGCCGCUCGCGCCGAUGGCCGGCGCCGGCCUCGGCGGCGCCGCCGCCCUCGGGCCGGCCCUGCCAGCGGACGCCUACUGGAGCGAGGAGCUGCUCGCGCCCGCGCCCGGCCGCCAGGCCGCGGACGGCGUGCUGGAGGAGUGCGGCCGCUGCAGCGGGAGCCUCCGGCGCGACCUCGAGAGCACGGUCGCGGCUGCGCUCUCCAGCCGCAUCCGCCUUGGCUCGGCGCUGGGGUCCGAGCUCCAUGUGCCCUGGCCCGCGAUGGCCACCCGCGCCGCCGUGCAGGGGGCUCGCACCGCGCCAGCGCCCGAUUACACUGCCGCCACCGAGUGCUCGUCUGACGCAGACCCAGCACCAUUCGGCCGGCAGCUUACCUCCGAGUGCUCGACUGCCGCAGGCCAGGCAGCAUUCGGGCAGCAGCUUACCUCCGAGUGCUCGCCUGCCGCAGACCGGGCAGCAUUCGGCCGGCAGCUUACCUCCGAGUGCUCGACUGCCGCAGGCCAGGCAGCUUUCGGCCGGCAGCUUACCUCGGGCAGCGUCGCCUCCUUUGCCCUCUCAGAGUCGGGCGCCGGUUGGCAGGCGUUCUCGAGGCGCCCGGAUCUCACGCCGCCCCCGGCAGACACCCAGCGGAACGGCGUCCUCGAGGAGGCCCCGCGCGACCCCCAGGAGGCCGACGGCAUCAGCGGCCUGGGCGGGCUCACUACGGCCAUGGUGCGGAACCUGCCGGCGAAGCUCACUCAGCGGAAGCUUGUGAGCGUCAUCAACGGCUCUGGGCUGCUGGGCCAGUAUGACUACGUCUACGUUCCCAUGGACUCCCGUCGCCACACCAAUCGCGGGGUUGGCUUCGUCAACUUCACGACCCCAGAGGCAGCUGCGCGCUUCUACCAGACGUUCAACAACAUGCUGCUGCCCUCCGGCGCUGCGGGGGGCGGGGACCACGAGCCACAGGCGCCCCUCGCCGUGGUGCCGGCGGACAUGCAGGGCUUCGAGGCCAACGCCGCCCACCACUUCUCCGUGCGCAGGCCCAAGAACGCGGGCGCCCAGCCGCUCUUCCUGCGGGCCCUGCCCGCGCACGUCGCGGGCGCGGCCGCCGAGGAGCUGCCCCCGCAGCCGCCGCGCGAGCG